GCACGUCCAGAAACGGACCACAAUAACAACAAAUAACCGGGUUUAUCACGACGAGCCGACCGUGGGUUGGUUAUCAAAGGCUAACGCAGGUUAAAAAACAUGACCUCGCAGCGCUGCAGGUGAGUGUUUUAUCGCUUUUUUGGGGAGAACGUUACUUCCGCUCGUCCCCGUGAAGAAGCUGCGGGUUCAUCCACCGACGCGUCCAUCGUGUCCGUCUCCCCCCUGCGAGAGGAAGCUGCUCGCCGGGUCACCUGUGAGUCCAGACGUGUUUCCAUGUGAAGUGACUCCAUGCAGCAGCCGGAGGAGCGGAGGUGAUGCUGUAAAGUACACGGUGAUGCUGUAAAGUACACGAUGAUGCUGUAAAGUACACGGUGAUGCUGUAAAGUACACGGUGAUGCUGUAAAGUACACGGUGAUGCUGUAAAGUCGAGCCUCUUUCAAGGCAGAAUGUCCUCGGGCCACCGGCAGAGGGACGUGGAGCAGCAGCGCCCCCUGCUGGACGGAGAGGAGGACGACGAGGAGGCGGCGGCGGAGCGGAGUUCCCGCAGCGAGGCCGAGCGGCGCCUCUGGUUCAUCCGGGACUGCUGCGGCAUGGUGUGCGCCCUCAUCACCUGGUCCCUGGUCUUCUUCGCCGACUUCGUGGUGACCUUCGUCAUGCUGCUGCCCUCCAGGAGCUUCUGGUACGCCGUGGUCAACGGCGUGCUGUUCAACAGCCUGGCGGUGCUGGCGCUGGCCUCCCACCUGCGCACCAUGCUCACCGACCCGGGCGCCGUUCCUAAAGGAAACGCCACCAAGAAGUACAUGGAGAGCCUGCAGCUGAAGCCCGGGGAGGUCGUCUACAAGUGUCCAAAAUGCUGCAGCAUCAAACCAGAGAGGGCUCAUCACUGCAGCAUCUGUAAGCGCUGCAUCCGUAAGAUGGACCAUCAUUGUCCGUGGGUCAACAACUGUGUCGGGGAGAAGAACCAGCGCUUCUUCGUCCUCUUCACAAUGUACAUCUCCAUGAUCUCCAGCCACGCUCUGGCUCUCUGUGGAUACCAGUUCAUCACCUGCGUCAGAGUCCAGUGGAGAGAGUGCAGUGACUUCUCUCCACCGGUGACGAUGAUGCUGAUGAUCUUCCUCUGCAUGGAGGCGCUCCUCUUCUUCACCUUUACGGCCGUCAUGUUCAGCACCCAGCUGCACUCCAUCUGCAACGACGAGACGGAGAUCGAGCGUCUGAAGAACGAGAAGCCCACGUGGGAGCGUCAGACCCGCUGGGCCGGCCUGAGGUCUGUGUUCGGGGGUCCGCCCUCCCUCCUGUGGGUCAGCCCCUUCGCCGGACUCAAACUACCGACCCUGCUGCCCCGACGCUCCUGGAAGGGCGGAGCCGAGUUCUCCGUCUGACGCGCUGUCACUCAAACCGACCGCGGCGGUGGGCGGAGCUUCGGCGUCGAGGAUGUUUGACUUUAGAGACGCUCGACCUCCUUGAAGAUGCUGGAUCUGUUUAUGUUCCUCAACAUGAAACAAUGUAACACUUUAUCAAAGUCUAACUCAGAUUCUUCCCUUCAUCAUCGACUCAAAGAACCUCGUCACCGAGCGACAGCUCUGGACCUUUUUGUUGACGCAUUGCGCAAUAAAAACUGUUCACAGAUCAGUGGAACGGGGUCCGCGUGACGCUACCGGAGGUUCUAAAACUCCACGGGAGGAAACCUUGUUGUAAAAUGAAAAGCAUGCUAGAAAAAAUAAAAAACAAUCAAUCUUUCCUUC